AUGUUGCCCUCGGCACUGGUCAGCACUUACCAGCAAUACAAGCUGGACACCGACUCUGUCGCUGCAUGGCUCGCCUCCACCGCCAAAUCGCUUGGCUAUUCUGCUGACCUGCUCGACUCGUCGGUUGCCGCCACCUCGACCUCCCAACCGCGAGCAUCUGGUGGUCGUCUCAAAGGCAAGGCGCGCAGCAACGCCAAGAAGACGGCCGCUGCAGGUGCAAGCUCUUCCGCGCCGGCCCCCAAGCCCAGCGGCCCCAAGUACGUCAUUAGCGUCCGCAGCUUCGUCUCGCUCGCCGAGUACAUUGCCGAAAAAGCAGCGCCCGUCCCGGAGGUGUUCCGGACUGUGAUUGAUCGCGUCAUUGCCGCCCGCUCAAAGUUCGGGGGCCAGCUCCGGGACUAUGGCGAAGCAAUUAACCCAGGAUCCGAUGCUAAGCACCAACACUUUGUCGAUGUCUUGGCAAAGGUCCGCUCUGUUCUGAGCCCCUUGAUGCCCGCUGUCAAGGACGAGGACGGCCAGUCAGACGCUGCUCGUCUGGCGAAUCGCUUUACGGGUCUCGCCGUCUAUGAGGCAUCGCAGGAGUUCCUGAAUCUGCCUGAUGUCGCGAGACCAGGAACAGCGCAGAACGACGACUCUACGUACGAGGCCCAGCCGGAGCGGUCCUUUGAGGAGGCAAUCUUCGCGCCGGAUGCUCUCAUCAACGACCUGGGUCAUGUCAGGAGUCAUAUUCGAUGGAUCUGGUCCAACCACAAGGAUGGCCUCUUCGAAGUGGCCCCAGCCGCCGUUGCAACCGACACCGCCGUUGCCCUCGCCAGAGGCUUGAUAGACGAGGUGCUUCCUUUGUUGGAAUGGAACGGUGGAAUCGGAGACCUCCUAGAGAGGUACUAUUUGCUGAGGUGCAUUGUCCAGGGCUGGAAGCUUGAAGACCUCAAGGUUGCUGCCAAUGUCAAGGACAACUUCAACCACAAGACAUAUGACAUCGCCGACGGCACCUACCUUUUGCCCUAUCGGCUUUUGGAAGCCUUUAUUCCUGUUGUGGAAGAGCGAGGUCAAGUCCCGAUUUACAAAGAAGGCAUGUUUGGGUACUGGGACCCGAAGAGCAACCGCUCCCUCAAAACUGGGCUCCAGAAGUUUGAGGACGACCGGGCCCUCCUCAUGCCUUUUUUCUCCGAAAUCGCAACCGCGAUGCGUGGCGUCGACAACUGGCCGGUCAAGGACGAGCUCUACCAGGGAGUGGAGGAGCUUGCGAAAACAAAAAAGGUUCCAUUUUAUGCCGCGUUUGCCGCCCAAAUAUUCCUCGACAUUACAUACGAGCUAGGCGAGCACGUUGAGCGUGGGUUCGACGCGUUCCAAGAGCAAACCAACUUCAUGAACAACGAUGUCGAGCAACACUUUGAGUUCCACUCGAAACUAAAGAUCAAAAGCUGGACCGCCGCCCACGACCAGAUGCUGCGCGAAUUUCAAAAGAGCAUCCAGUGGCUCGGUAAAGACCCUCUACGCAACGUGCAGAACCGCCUUCUAGCGCGCAUGGGCGCUCCCGCCUCCACCAUGCCGAUGCACCUCAUCUUCCGCAUGUCCCCGGUCGUCAGCGGUCUCAUGCUCUUCCACUUCCGCCUGGUGUAUAGCCAUGUCGGCCGAGCCGUCGCAGACGCGUGGGGUUCCGUCCAGUACGCCCAGCACUUGUACAACGCCGCCUGCCGGGAGAGACUGGUGGGUCGGGAAGAUCGGUGGCAGGACAUGGAGGUCCUUUACGCCAAUUUGGGAGAGGGUUCCUUCUACGUCGGUGGAGAGGCGCCCAAGACCGCGGCUGACUACUUCAAGAAGUUUUCGCUGCAGAUGGGCACCUCGGCUGCCGCCAUGACGGGCACCCGCCGGAGAGGCGCCCCGCUGGCGUCAGGCGCGGGACCCCGCGGUCUGAAGGAGGGCUGCCCCGUGUCGUGCAUGUUCAAGGGCCGGUACGUGCGAGGCCAGAUCGGCCCCUCGGGAUUCCUCACCCCCGAACGCGUCGACCAGAUCAUCGAUCUGAGUCUAUUCGAGCCGAUCGAGACCCCCAACGACGGCAAGGGCGACGGACUGGUGCUCGGCCGGAUCGAGCACCCUGCUAUUCUCAAGGAGAAGGCAAAGAAGACCAUGGCGAUGGGAACAAACAAGCAGCAGCGCAAGAAGGCCGCUGACGGAGGCCGUGUGACUCCAUCCCAGCUCAUCCAGCCGCUGACCUGGGCCCUCCAGGCCGAGACUCUAGAGCUGGCUUUUCCCCUCCUGACGUUCCACCGUUGGUGCUGGCGGCUCCUCCGCUCGGUCAAGGAAUCAUGUGAUUCGUUGCUUACGACGAGGUAUGGCCCUGGCUACCUCGAGACUGAGAGACAGCUCCCUUUCGUGGUGGGCUGGAUCCUCAUGGCGGCGGGCGGGUUGGGCAACGAUGUCCCGGAUCGUCGCAUGCUCGAAAUAGCAGCCGGCGUCAUCGGAGAGCUCGGCGGAUGCGAGGCUGGAAGCAUAGUUAGCGAGAAGAUCUUGGGAAACAUCUUUGAUAUGCCGAUUGCGUUUGAGGAGGAGGAUGCGUAA